AUGGGCUCCAAGGGUCAGCAAGUGGACUUGAUGUCCUUGGAUGUCCAACAGCUUCUCGAAGUGAAGAAGCAACUCGAGACAGAAGUGCAGCAUCUUACCUCUUCAUUCGGACAGCUCAAAGCAGCGCAGGCCAAGUUCAAAAGCUGCAUUGACAGCGUCGCCACCAUCAAGCCUGAGAACAAAGACAAGACGACUCUGAUCCCAUUGACAUCAUCGCUUUACGUGCCUGGAAAGCUUUCGGAUCUCGACAAUGUCAUCGUCGACGUGGGCACGGGCUAUUUCGUCGAGAAGUCAACAAGCGACGCUACCAAGAUGUACCAAGAAAAGGUCGAGUUCCUGACGAAGAACCUGGAGCAACUGCAGGAGACCGUGCUUCGACAGCAGGAGAACUUGCAAACCACCGUCGAGAUGAUCCGUCUGGGCAUCGAGUCGGUUCUCCACGACCCACCCUUCCCUAAUGCAGCUCAUGCAAAGACCAAGCGCUUGCGACCCGUCUCGGCACCCACACUUGAUUCUAGAGCCACCGACAUCCUUGCCUAUCGAUCUCAGUCCAAUCCGAAACCUCCAUUAUCCGAUGCGGACGCUUACAGUCACCGCGACAAUGUCUUGAAAGACUCCCAUUCGCAGUGGUCACGUACGCAUCCACCAGAUCGCACUCUCUCUACACCAUCGUCAGCCAUUCAGUCGUGCUCUCGAUUCCAGCCCACACUCCCCGUCCAGCUACUUCUCGACUUUCUGACUGGAUCGGUUGCGUGCGAUAAAGAAAAGUACCGACAGACCAAGGCACAGCUUCCUCCUGGCUUUCACCGUAUUGACGCCUACUUGAUGCUGCGAGAGCUCGAUCCGCAGAGCCUGUCCGCCCUCUCCCACUUCGACAUCUUUUCGCUCAUCAAGAGGGCUGGCAAGGACGGCCUCGGAGGUGUGCUUGCCCUACUCCUCGAGGACAUCAUCGGAACAGACAUGACCAACACCAAGGCGAAGCCCGGCUACUUUCACAUCUAUCCUGGAACAGAGGAGCGCUACAACCUGCUCCGUGCCAUCCUCGUACGUUGCAAUAGCGGCGAGUUCAUGCUUCAUAAUGCUGCCAUCCUCAACGUGUUCAUGCUCAUGCUAGACGACCUCAUCCGGGUCCGUCCAUCGAGCAAGGCCAGCACGCCGCCCAAGGGCGAUGACGACACGACGCCAUCCACUCUCAUGUCGUCCUCUGCGCACGGCGCAUCAGUCAGAAUCCCAACCAACUUUCCCGUUGGCGAGACCAUGCGCCUGCUCGAGCUUGCCAUGCACCUCCACAAUUUCGAGCUUGCUCCCAUCAUCAAUGCCCUACGAGCUCACCUGGAAGCGCAUACGCCAGACUUUCCUUCCGCCCGCCAAGGGGCACAGUUGAUCGCAUACUACCUGCAGCCGAAUUUGCGUGAUUUCGCAGCUGCCCUCGAUGUUGUACGCGCUCUCAGAGACACCAACGCAUUGCCACAGCAGGCGGUCGAAGAUGCCGUGCGCGAUGGCAAGACGUACCUCGCUGCCCUCGAAGCCUUCUUCUCAUCUGCAGCCAAUGAAGGGCAGCCUCGACCGUCGGAAGCCGAGCUGCAGCAGAUCUGCAUGGAUGUCUCCCUUCGUCUCAUCGCUAUGAAGUGCGUCAUGGCGCACAGGCCAAAAGGUGGCGUGCAGUACCGUAAGGCAUUCGAAAGUCUCACCGCAAGCUUUCGACUCGACAUGCUCGACGCUGACGACCGCCGCAACUCCGCUGAGCUGCGCUCCUUGCUGAAUGUACCAUUCCGCUGUACGCGCAACGUCUUCACACAUCUCGUGGGCCAGAACGACAAGUCUUGUUUGAUCGAGGCUCUCUACUCGCUUCAACGCAGCGAUCAGCGUCUUCUUGCCAUGCUACCAAAUCGUGAUUUGCAGGACUUUUGCGAUGCUGCUCGUACCGUGGAUGCCCUGCACCUAGCCGCCGAAGCAUACACCCUCUUUGUCAAAGCCAAAACGUCGGCUGGUUUGACCCGAUGCCUGCCUACCGCAAGCAAACACGUCUUGGCUCGAGACGGGCUGAUGACGGAUACGGAUACGUUCCUUGCGAUCCUCGGGCAGCUCCUGUCCAGAGGUCAGAGGAUUACGGUAACAGCGCUUCUCCGCGCCCUUCGUCUUCUACCCCUGACCGAUGCUGUGACGGGGCAACUGAAUCUGCGGUUUGGUGAACGCCAACGAUCACGACUGGUCGCAUUGUUGGCCGAAGCAGCAUUGACCGAAGAAGCCUUUGAGCUUUUCCAACUUUGGAGUCACCGACGCUACGAAGCCAAGUCCAACGAGUCAUCCCGGCUUGGAUCUACUCUUCGAAGGAUUGGAUCGGUUCGUAUUGUGGACCCUCUCAUCGAACGCCAGGUUCGUCUGAUGCACGACUCGGAUCGACAGUUUGCCAUCUCGACAGAGUACCUCGGCCCGCUCGUGAAGAACCUCUGUCAUCACCCUUCGGUCAGCAGACGCAGCGACGCCCUCAAAGUAUCGCGCGAUGUCGGACCUUCUCUCGAGCAUCUUGACAAGGCUAGGUUCGUCAUCGACGUAUUCAGGCAAGCAUGUACUCCCAUCGACUGGACGCACUACCGCCUCACCUCGUUAGCGGGUGCCUGCUUCACUGCCAAGGACGUGGCUGGUGCAUUUGACGCGCUCGCCAAAAUUGUACUUCUGCGACGGAUCCCGGACCAGGUGGACAUUUACGUUCUCCUAGGAGGCCUUGUGGAAAUCAACGCAGACAAGGCAGUGAACCUCUUCAUCCAACAUUGUUCGGCCGCUGCCUCGGCAGGCAAACGGGGUAGAGCAAGGACCGCUGGCAGAAUAGAGGAGGCUGACGCCGGAUUGGAGAGGCUUCCAAAGCUCGCCCCGAUGGAGCCCACGCCCGCGUUGAUUACAAUGCUUAUCACACGAGUUCUGGCCCAGGAACGCCUGGAUUUGACAGAGAAGCUCUUUCGAUUCAGCAGAGCCGUCGGACUUGACUCCCGCCUAAGGCAUGUGGCCUCGAUGCGUGCCGUCUUCUCACCAGAGGUGUCUCCUUUCAAAGUCACACAGACGAUUCACCGCAUGCUGCAGAACGGAUGGACGGCGGACCCUGUUUUUCUCGAGAAGUUGGCCCAAAGCCUGCUCGAGAGGUCGAUGCAGGCCGUGCAAGUCCCCGCGAGCGACCUCGCUGCGGAUGGCGCCAGGCAGGAAGAAGUACAGAACGCAGGAAAGAAGCCUUUGCCCAGAAAGCGCCUCCAGCUCGUCCAGGCUGCCACUCGACUGAUGAAAGUCAGCGCUCGCAGCGAGGACGUGGUGAACCUGCGCACAACCUUGCAAGCUCUGUCUGCGAUUUGCAGCGCCGGCAAUUUGUUCGACCGUCAGGCUUCUCUUCCGACGGGCACCAUGACUGGCGAGUCACAUCCUGCAGCUGUUCGGACUGCCAGACAGAGAAGUCAAGAAGAGAGGCGUUCGCAGUGGAUUGCGUGCGUGGACUCGAUCGUCUACUCGCUGCGAUGGACCAGGUUCUUCGACAAGGGCGACGAUUACCGGCAGAACCUGCCAUUGUGGAAAGCAGGCAACGCUAGAAAUGGCGAGCUCGUCUCUGUCGAUCUGAACGAAAUGCUGGACUAUGGAUUUGUAGGCUGCCAGCGACAGCAAGCUCGGGCGCACACGAGUGCAGCAGCGGCAGCGACGUUGCCGACGUCGUCAGAAGCGAGUGUGGAGUCUCCUACCGGCAUUGAGGGCGGCGCGGACGAUGCUGCAGCCGCACCAGCCGAUGGUGUGGUGCGGAAUCUGAUGCAGCGUCCUCCCAAUGUUCUGCCUUCCUUUUUGUUUUGCCGCCUGAUCGAGACGUACUUGGCACUUGGAGAUGUCUCGGGCGCCGCUGAGGUGGCUUCAUGGAUGCGAGACGAGGCCAAGCUGAAUCUCGGCCUCAAGGGACAAGGAGGGAAGGACUUUGUGAGUCGCAUCAAGGCAGCGGUCCAGGCUCGUCAAGCUAAGCGGACACCUCCCAGUCUCCAGGCUGCUACCGACUUUUCGCCCACGAGCAAGGACGAGGAGGGCAGCAGCAUCUUGCGCAUGUUGGCGGGCCAGCAGAGCACAGCUCGAACAAAGAGCUGGUGGUCGCCAUAG